AUGAGCGACGAAACCAAUGGGGUUAGUAGCCCUGAACAAUAUGCAAUCGGCAUUUCGUUUGGCAGUUCCUACAGCUCAAUCGCUCAUAUCUCACAAGAAGGAAGAGUCGAAGUCAUUGCAAACGAAGAAGGAGAUAGACAAAUACCGUCCAUAUUAUCGUAUGUUGACGGUGAGGAAUAUCAUGGCACGCAAGCAAAGGCACAGAUAGUGCGGAACUCGAAAAACACGAUCGCCUAUUUCAAGGACUACAUCGGCAAGCCAUACAGCCAGAUCGACCCUACGCCAUGCAAGCAGUCGGCGCACCCAUCUGAAUCCGAUGGACAAGUUGUCUUCACAGUUCAGGAGUCAGCGGAGGGCGAAUCGACCACAUUGAGCGUUUCAGAAGUCACGACUCGACACAUCCGCAAGCUGGCGAGUUCAGCCGCUGAUUACAUCGGCAAGAAGAUCACUUCAGCCGUCGUGACUGUUCCUACCAAUUUCAGCUCUGAGCAGAGAACUGCGCUCUCUAAAGCAGCGAAAGCUGCUGGUAUUGAGAUCCUCCAAUUCAUACACGAGCCGGUCGCAGCAGUGCUAGCCUACGACUCCAAAGACCCAGAAUCAGUACAGGAUCGAUUGAUUGUUGUCGCAGAUCUUGGCGGUACCAGUAUCGUUGCAACCACACACGAUUACGAGCUAGGUGGUGCACAGCUGGACGAAGUCCUGAUCGACCACUUCGCUAAAGAGUUUGAAAAGAAGCACAAGACCGACCCAAAGAAGAACGAACGCAGUUUGGCUAAGCUGAAGUUGGAAGCCGAAGCCGUCAAGAAAGCACUCAGCCAAAGCGCCUCCGCAACAUGCAGCAUAGAAUCCCUCGCCAACGGCAUCGACUUCAGAUCGACCAUCAACAGGACUCGAUUUCAACUGCUCAGCGUCAAAGUUUUCCAAAAGUUCACCAGAAUGAUCGAAGAAGUAAUCAAAAAGGCCGACCUCGACGUCCUUCAAAUCGACGAAGUCAUCCUAUCUGGCGGAACCUCACACGUACCCAAAAUCGCCGAGAACGUACAGGCUCUGUUCCCAGACACCACCAAAGUCCUCGCUCCCGCAACGUCAACCGCAGCCCUAAACCCAUCCGAACUCUCAGCACGUGGCGCCGCCAUUCAAGCAAGCAUGAUCCAAGGCUUCGACAAAGAGGACAUCGAGCAAUCAACGCACGAAAUGGUCACUGUCACCCCUCACACCUCAGCCAUGAUCGGCGCCCAAAUCACAGGCCAGCCAACCGACGCCGCCACAAUCAUCAUCCCCUCCAUGACCGCCGUCCCAGCCAGAAAGUCCAAAACCAUCGACGCCCCCGAAGGCGACGUGCUCCUCCUCAUUUCAGAAGGCGAAUCAGAAAUCAAAGUCACUAAACCUGAACCCAAAGCAAAGACAAACGGCACCAAGAAAGCCGCCGACGACGAUGACGAAGACGACAUCAGCGACGACGAUGAAGACGAUGACGAAGAAGAUGAACUCCGUGAAAAAGUCUACAAGACCAAGAAGAUACUCGCAGAAUUCCAGUUCAAGGGCCUGAAGAAGGGCGCUAAGCUGGAAGUCACUGUCAAUAUCGGUUCUGAUCUUGGUGUGCAGAUAACGGCUAGAGAGGCGAAGGGUAAAGGUGGAAUUAGAGGCACGCUUGCUGCACCUAAGCCUACGGAGAAUGGAUCUGCGUAA